UCGUGCAGCAUCAAUCAUAUGAGUUUGGAGGCACGAGCUGUCAUCAAAUCAGAUUAAGAUGUAGAGAGAGCUUCAACUGGCAGACUGAGCAAGAUAGAGAGAAAGAGGGGAGGAGAGACAGUGUCAAAGAGAGAGCGAGAGAGAAGGAAUUCGCAGUGUGUUUCGGUAUUGUAACUACAGCACGUCAGGAUGUUAGCUCGCGCUUGGCUGUGGGCUCUUCUGUCCCUGUAUUCCCAGCUAGCUACCUGCCACGAGCCCGCCGAGGGAGACAGGGCUCUUUCAUCAAUCCUGAAUUCCAGGAUAAAUGGUUCGGAACUUGUGGGGGUGAGAAGGGGGGAGGGGCAUGUCCCUGCUGGCCACACCCUAAGAAGUUUACUGCAGACAGGGUCAUCCCGGAGGUUACUGCAGACGCCUGGAGCUGCAGUUCCCUUUCCUCCCCUCAAGGUGAUGGGGGAUGGCAAGCCGUGUAUUCUUUUCCGGGCUCGGAGGAUCGCUCUGCGCUACCAGAACAACAGCUUGGUGGACCUGACCCAGCGCGCCUUCUCCCCUGACAGCCCCGUGGACACCAGGGGGUCCGUCUGCUACAAGGACAAGGCCCAACUGGUCCUGAAGUUUGGAGAUGUUGAAGAUUUGAGAGCCCUGUCAAUAAGGCUCCAGAUGUCCAGUAAAUUCUAUGAGUCUGCGGGUCAGAGCUGGUUCUCCUUGGACCGUGUCUCCCUGCACUACAACUGGAGCGAGGAGGCGCGCUUCAACGUGACGGAAGUGUACGCUCCGGCCACCUCGUCCUACCACUGUCAGCACGUCAGCAACCUGCCCCGCUACAGCCCCCUGCUGGUGGCCAGCGGCAGCACCGACCCCGCGCGCCUCUGGAGCCUCACCUUCACAGACUUCCAGCUCCAGGCCUUCAACGUGUUUUCGGGGAAGUUCUCGUCCCCGGCCGACUGCGCUACCUUCCUGACGCCGGCGGUGCUGAUGGGUCUGAUCUCCUCCCUCAUCCUCCUCCUGGUGCUGGCCUACGCCCUCCACAUGGUGGUGCACCUCCGGCACGUCGACGACUACGACCACAAGACCACCGUGUACUUCCCCCGCGCACCCGACUCCGACACCGCUUCAGCCGACAAGAGCAGCCCGUAGAGCCCGGGUCCCCUGGCUCUCCCGGGUCCCCUGGCUCUCCUGGGUCCCCUGGCUCUCCCGGGUCCCCUGGCUCUCCCGGGUCCCCUGGCUCUCCCGGCCCCUUCAGUAGUAUCGCAAAGGAGCAGCUUGGCAGGGAUUGAGGGUAAUCGGACCCAGAACAUGUGUGAUUAGCCCUACAAGCCGUUUCGAAAAUCUGCCCCAUAUGACAUCACUAGUGGGCGUGUCCACCUAGAUGUGUGCUGGAUAGAUGAGCAACGUUUGCUAAAGUCCACUGGGUAGGCUGGUAGACUGAUCCAUCCAGCACAGAUCUAGGUGGACACGCCCACUAGUGAUGUCAUAUGGGGCAGAUUUUCGAAACGGUUUGUAAGGCUAAUCACACUCACACCUGGUGGUAUAAUAUGUCCCCUUUAAGUGGUCAACACAUGAUGAACUUUCAGUGUCUGCGUUGCAAGUGUUGCAGAUGUUUUCCUAUGUACUGGAGCGUUAAAGCCCAAUGCUAAUGGGGCAUUCCUGAAAGUUAAGAUUCUCCUCCUAAACUCGACUCAAAGAUCAAACUAUUUAAACUGACCCGGUUUACGCUGACCUAUCGAGGUGUGUCUCAUCAGCUUUGUUUGCCCAAAUGAAUCAAAACGCUUACGGCUUUCCUGAUUUCUAAACCUAAAUCCAUGUCAUUGGAGUUAGAAGCACUGAAUCCAUGGCGGUUGGCUGCCUAUAUCCCUAAUGCCUAACCUAGUGUCCACCACUCUGCUGGAUGCUCAUCAUGUGUAGAAUGCUGAGUCCAACCCUAACUCCUCUGUGUGUUUUACAUGCCAUGCCCCCCCCCGCCCCCACGGCAACAAUAUUGGUGCCUCAGCUGCCUUUAGGCCAGCUAUAGUUGGCCAUCGGGCAAUCACGUGAGGAUUCCAGUCUGCAUCACGUUAAACGUACAAGGACUACAACGUGAUGUUACUACCUCUCAGGACUACAGAAUGAGGGUAGGGUUGGUGUUUGGAACGGUUCUGGACUUCUUGAAUCAUUAAGAACUUGAACUUCGAGCGGAAGAAGGAGAACACGUACAUAUUCAUACAGCAGCGUGCCAUCUCAGAACCUUACUCCUGAUCAAAGCACAACCCACGGUUUAGUGAGGAAACUGAAACAUACAGAUAAUAUUAUGUGGAUCCCCGCUUACAGCAGGGUUUUAUAGACGUCCCACUGCCUCCUGACAUGACAAACCUCAUAUCGUAUGUAUUUAUUCAUGUAUUUAUAAAUAUGUAUUUAUCGUAGCUGUGAAGCCUUGUGAAGUGUCUGAAGAUGCAUUAAUACAUGAGAGGAGAAGUGGAGGGGAGGAGAGGAGAGGAAGGGUUGUUUAACCGUGCCAUCAGAUGGACAUCAAGCUAAUCACAAUGAUGACAGUAUCUCCUAAUGUGAAACAUAGUUACCCUUUUAAGGAAUCAACUGUUCAUGAUCAUAACUGUCCUGAAAUGAUUGACUAAACCUAAGAAAGGAUUGAGUUUAGGCGUUCAUGAUUUGAACCACUACAGGUUUUAACUAAUCUAUGUUCUAAUUCUGUGUUCUUUGGCUUGUACAGUAUAAAUUGUCGAUAACGGAAAGUUCGUUAUGUUGGAAACACAAAGCUUGUUUAUUUACUGAGUCAGGUGUUACCUGACAAUACAAAAUAACAACAGUUCCACAACAUCAACCUUUAAGUGUCUUUGCAAUAGACUAUAACCUUGAAUCAUUUGUAAUAAACAGUGUUUUAUAACAAACAAAA